UUAACAUUUCUGAGCUGUUCCUUUACUGAUGGGGAAUUUUUGAGUCUUCUCAUUUCUGCUAAAAGUCAAGUCAAAACUCUGUCAUCACGGUUGCGUUUGUCACAGGCUGAAAUAAUUUCACAGAUACGCCUAGCAGUCCUUUUCUGACUGUUCAUAAGAUGACUGUUCUGACCGUUCGUCAUUAUAUUAACGGAUGUUGGGCUUUGCACAGUGCACAACAAAUGCUGCCUGGUGGGGUUAUAUUUACCAGCAGUCACGUUUCGAACACAAUUGAUUCUCUUGAGUUCUGCUGUCAAUUUAAUGUAUUUUUGUAUUUAAUUGAUGUUUCAUUGUUAUUUCUGUCUUAAGCAUUGCCUUUAAGUUUAGGUAAAUCGUUAUUUGGAGUGCAUGUCGUGCAUCAUUCAUAAUAUAUACUCUAAUAACCGCCACACAAGCCAAGCAUAGGGUUAUACCAAACGGUUUUCAUAUAAGGUGACGUAAGAUGGUAUUUUCCUUUUAAUUAACUUUAAUUAUGCAUGGGAAGCACUAAAUAUGCAAUAGAAUGGUAUUUGUCUGUAUGUUGGUCAGUGGAGAGCAAGUUGGGCUGAAUGGCCUGUCCUUGUUACAGGUGUUCUGAUCUCAAAAGCAUUUAAAGGAGGGUUAGAACUACACAGACUUUAGUCCUUAUAUUUGGAAGGCUCGUGCAUUACCCAUGUAAUGCAUUUAAUCCAUUCUGAGUAAGGAUCUGAACCAAAAGUUUAUGGUGUUUUUUAUUUUUAUUUAUAUAUUUUUAUUUUUGGAGACGUUUAUUUUUGGACUUUCACAUCACAUGCUGCACCACAGUUUUCCAGACAUUUCUAGAACCUGCCACCCACAGGAAAUGAGUAACUCCUUUUGGCUUGUCUAUGUCUCAGAAUCAUUAUAUUGAAUUCGCAUGCUGAUGUAUGUAUCUGCAUUGUCAUGCUCUUUUAAGCAGCCUAGAGUUUGAGAAAGGCACCAGUGGAACAAAUGGCAGGACUGUAGUAUAAUGAUAAAUGUGAAUAUGCAUACACUGUGCAAGAGAUAGUGACCACACCUCCUGUACAUCCAGCCUCUAUUUAAAUUUUUUGAAAUGUACAAAUAGACAGACCUGUGCAGGUCAUGUGUGCUGAAUUUUGUUCCACUACUACCAUAAGUGGCAUUACAGCACCACUUCAAAUGAGCAAUUUCCAAAUAGAUCCAAAUAAUUAUUACAGAUGUACCCUCACAUCCAAUACACACCGAUGUUGAUAUACACAAUGUUUGGAUUAGGUUUGCAGGCCAUGACAACAUACCCCCCAAUGUUCUACAGCUCACCCUUGGUGCUUUACCCCUGAUAUUGCAGCUAUUAUUAUUAUUAUUAUUAUUAUUGUUAUUAGUGAUAAGUGGUACUUCAUUAAAGAAAUAAUGAAAGUAAUUAAAUAAUGGAUAAUGUAAUUGGAAUUAAACACACAAACUGGCUUCCUAAUAUCUGACUGAUCUGACUGGCUCUUUAUGUAAUCCUGCACUUUUCUAUGGAAGUCCGAAGAAGAGCCCAUUAAUGAGUUUCUAGGUGUGAUACGUGGGUACUGACAUGCUGUGAGAGUACCUAAAAUGUCCAUUAGAUGGCAGUCUGAGUGUAGAAUGAUAUUCACAAUGCUAAACAAGUACAUUGGGACAGUUUGUUCUGAGUGUGGAUGACAAACUUAUUUAUGACAUGAUUAAACUACUUUAUUAGCACAAGGCUAACACGUGCUUAUUAAAAAUGCCUCUUUAUUGAGUUAAUAAUGGCAAUUAUUAUGGAUUUCCUAAAUCUUAACUGGAUUAUAAUGUUCUGAGUUUGCCCUAUUUUCACCUUUUUCCCACUGAGCCAAGAUUGUACAACCCAUUUAGCAAGGGCAAAUAAGUAGGAGAGCUCCUUCUGCUCUAUAAAAAUGCCCAGGAUAGCGUAGUAGUGUAAACGUUUCAUAACUUUCCCGACAGACAGCGUGCAACUGCUGACGUAGAACAAUCCACAAAGCCAUUGUUUGAGUGCGGCAUCCCUGACAAUGAACGGUGCAAACAGGAUUGUUGGCUCGUGCGAUAAUGCUUACUGUCAACAGAGCUUGCUGGAUCAUGUCCUGUUUGUACGCACAAUAGCAGAAUCCUGCAUUGAACUCUAGAGUUUGAUGUGUCCACAGUUGACUGAAGUGGCUGUCUUUAAUUCACAUUAGCCAGGCUCUCCACCUCAUGUUGAAGACAGAGUGCCAGCGCUGUUUAAGCGAAAUUUAUGACCUACGCGGAUGGUGGUGGCGUCACCAUGAUUCGGCAGGUAGAAUUUUCUGAACGGUCUUGUUUAAUGUAAGCCGUGGGUGUAACGCGGGUUCGAGGGACUGCCCCUGUGCGCGAAGUCGCGGUGCGUGGAGGGAUCCACCUCCAGGAAUGCGGCUCGGCAAGGCGUUUCAUCCGUCUCUUCCAGUAAGCGCGUCGACGCUCCCACUUCCUGCCGGCUCAGUGCGCGACGCGGAGCCCCGAGGAGAAGCAGCGGCUGUGGUCAUGUCUCUCUCCGAACCGCGGGGAACCGUCGCCCGGGAAACCGUCGCCCUGGAAACCCUCGCCCGGGAGCUGAGCUGCCCCGUCUGCCUGCAGCUGUUCUCCGACCCGGUGACGCUGCCCUGCGGGCACAACUACUGCCGCGCGUGCGUGGAGGGCACCGCCCGGGGGGACCCGCCGCACCGCUGCCCCGAGUGCCGCGCGGAGUACGGCGGCGCGGGCGCGCUGCGCAGCAACUUCAAGCUCCGCGGCAUCAUCGAGAGCUACAAGGCCACGGCGGAGACCGCGGAGACGGCGGGGGCGGAGGAGACGACGGCGACGGUGAGCGGGGCGGUGCGGUGCGAGCACUGCCUGGACGACGGCAAGCCCGCCGUCAAAACCUGCCUGAGGUGCGACGUGUCGCUGUGCGCCCAGCACCUGCAGCGCCACCUGCUGAGGGACGCGGCCAAGCGCCACUCGCUGGUGGAGCCGCGGCGCGGCGCGGGGCCGGCGUCGGCCUGCCCGCUGCACCGCGAGGAGCCCGAGUACUUCUGCGGCGGCGACGGCGCCUUCCUCUGCGCCGCCUGCCUGGCGCAGGGCGGCCACCGCGACCACGACGUCAAGACCCUGGAGGCGGCGGAGGCGGAGUUCCGGCGGGCGCUGGAGGGCCAGGAGAAGGAGGCGCGGACCCGGCUGCAGAUGGCCGAGCUGCUGGCGCAGCGGGGCUCCGGGGACGAGGCCGUCUUCCGGGUCGCCGGCGACAAGCUGGGGUCCAAGGCCCUGGCGCUGCUGGGCGGCAUGGCGGACCUGGUGGACGGGUACCGGGCGCGGCUGGUCAAGCUGCUGGACGAGGACCGGCGGCGCCUGGAGGAGGGCUGGCGGGAGAGCCUGCGGCAGUUCGGCGAGCAGCAGCGCCUCCUGCGGGAGGCCCAGCGCGACGCGGCGGCGGUCCUGCGCGAGUCCGACCGGCACCGCUUCGUCCGCCUCUUCCUGGAGGCGGAGCCUAGCAUCAGAGCCGCCACCGCCUCCGGGGGCCCGGCGCCGGCCCCGGCGGCGAUGCCGGCCCCGCUGGACGUGAAGAAGCUCUCCGCCGGCGCGCGGACGGACCACUUCCGGGCGGAGGUCGCGCGUCUGCUCCAGGCCCUGGUGGUCCUCCUCUGCCCGCUGGAGCUGACCUUCGACCCCAACACGGCCCACCCCAGCCUGCUCCUCUCCAACGACCUGCGGACGGCCAAGUACAGCGCCGCCAAGCUGCCCCAGCUGGACCACCCCGACAGGUUCCAGUCGGCCCCCCAGGUGCUCUGCGCCCAGGGCUUCUCGGGCGGGGAGCACGUCUGGGUGGUGGAGAUGGGCCCGUGCAUGUGGUCCGUGGGCCUGUCCUACAAGAGCGUCCCCCGCAGGGGCGACCACAGCCGGCUGGGGCACAACCCGGUCUCGUGGCGCGUCCAGUGGAAGAACAGGAAGCUGACGGCGUGCCACGCCUCCUGCAACGUGGCGCUGGCCGAGGCGGUGCCGCCCUCGCGGGUGGAGGUGGCGCUGGACUACGAGGGGGGCACCCUCAGCUUCCACAGCGUCGCGGGGGGGCGGCAGCACCUGCACACCUUCCGGGCCACCUUCAGGGAGACGGUGUACCCCGCUUUCAGCAUCCACUCCACCACCCCCCAGUCCUGGAUCACCCUGCAGAGCUGAGCCCCCACCUCCCAGGGUGUGGCCCUCCCUUCCCGGGACGCCCCGCUCAAUUCAGGUUUUCGGAACAGGGACUAUGGGGUAAGGAGGCUGGGGGGUUGCUUUUUGCCAGGUGCAGUCAUCAAUGUAGAAAAUUGUAGUUCAGGUGCAGUCAUCAAUGUAGAAAAUUGUAGUUCCAAAAAAAAGAAAAAUUCUCAAGAAUAUCAACAAAAAAAAAUAAUGAUACUACUGACAAUAAUACAUUUUCUUUUCCCAAAAAAGUUUAGUCAUGAAAUUUACGGCCACAGAGCUCACAGGGAGGGAUGAGAACUGUUUUAAAAUGUACAUAUUUGGCCUGAUGUUAAUGUUAUACUAAUACUCUCGCUGUAUAUCCCCCUGAGACCAGGCAGAACAACAGUUUAAGGAUUUUCAUUUUUUUUCCAUUUUUAUUGAAUAUGCCAGGUAGUGUAGGUUUCAGCAUGGUAGAGUAUGUGGUUUUCAAGAUUAAGAUCAGAGACUCAUGUUCCUUACAGGGGACAAAAAUGAAUUGGCAGGUCUUAGGAAGA